GGGUGGAGCCCAGACAGCCUUUUUUUCUCUUGAAAUAGUAACACUUUUACAAUGAAAAGCAGCAGAGCUGGUCAUGCCUAAUCAAACAGUGGAAAAACAGAGUGCAAAGUGUUUCUCUGAUGGUUAUUAAUACUACCUUGGCUAUUGAAUGAAGAGUGCAGUAAAUGAACCUUACUGACACAAGUUGAUGGAAAAAAGAGAUACCCCUUCCUGAGUCUCCUGGAACAGAUUGCUUUAACAUUAUCUACGGAGCCAGCUUAGUUUCAGCCAAGGGCUAACUGAUUGCUUUGGAUGAAGAAAUGAAUGAGACAGAUGACCAACAACACACACAUCCUUCAGUUAAUGACAUGACACGAGGUUACACAGAGGAGAACAUCCAAAAGUGGAUACUUUCAGGGAGAGAUGCAAAUAACGACACGCUUCAGAACUCAGACCAAACAGGUGGACAUUUGAAUAGGCUCUGUAGUACUGAGGAUGAUUUACAGCUGGGAGUGGAAGCCUGUGUGUACUCCAGUGAGGAAAUCCAAAUAACCAUAAAUGAAAACAUAAGCUAUCCAAAGGCAUCACUUGACAAUUCGAUACUCUCAAGGGGGAACAGCUUAACAUCAUCAUAUUCAGUCAGAAGUGAAUUCAAGAGUGUCAUGGACGUGCUGAAUUUUUGGAAAGAUGACCCUGAAGAGAUAUUGUUAGACUUGGGAUUCGGAAGAGAAGAGCCUGAUAUUUCAGUCAAGAUACCUUCCAGGUUUAUCAAUAAUCCUUCAGUAGCACAAGGAAUCAAUAUCCGGCUAUUCCUUGAGGCCCAAAAGGAACGCAUGGAAGUUGAGAAUGCGGAUUUUAGUACUAGAUUCCGACAGCUGGAGGUCUUGCACAAUGUCACCAGUGCCUUUUCAUCCCUUUUCAACAAUGUGAGCUCCAGCAACGAGCAAUGUGCUCCAAAAUCUGAUGUUAACAGAACUGACAAUAGACAAGCGUUCAGUGAUAAAAAGAAAAGAAGCAAGCUGAGUUCUUUAUUACGACGGGCCUCAAAACAAGCUCUAGGUCAAAUGCAAAGCAGACUAGAAUCACAAAAUAUACCUGAAACAGAAGAUGGACAAAAAGCUUUCACACGCCCUAAAGGAAUUGAUAAGCCAUUAUUAAAAAGACGUAUUAAUCCAUGCUUUACAGAAAGUGUGUCUCUUGGUCCUCUUGUAGAGGAGCAAAGUCCAGCUCCUGAUGGUUUAUCCUCUAAAUCAAACACUGGGGAUGCAAAUAAAGAGAAUUCUCAAACCGAUCAUUUUUCAAGCACAACAGAAAUGGAAAACUCUGUAGUUACAGAGAUUUCCAGAAUGAGACCAAGAGAUUCACCUUGUAGCAUGUCUAGCAUCCUGAUGAAAAGACAUGCAACAGAUAACAAGGCUCCAGACUCUUUUGAGAUGGAAGAGAUUCAUAGUUUUGAUGAAGGAGGCAUUACUGAAAAUUUUCCUGCUUUGGCUAGAGAUGACAUUUUAGUUGAUGUCAUAAAAAGAGCCAAUAGCUGUCAAUCAGAUAGCAGUGGAUUCCUGGAAGAGCCAUCUGUUCCUGCUAUUAUAUCACAAUCAGUAGACAUGCCUGAAAUCUCGGAGAUUCCUCCUUUGUCUAGUGUUAUGAUCAGCCAAAGUAUGCAAAGCCAAGGUCCUUUAACAAUAAGUAGUAGUUUGGUAUCAUCAACUCCAGACCCAAAGAAAGAAAUGGAAACCAUUGUUGAUCCUGAGGCUGAUGCAAAAAUUACUGACGAAAAUGAAGACUUUCCAGAAAUGGAACAUAUAAGGGAUGAAACAUCAGCACAUUCCUUUCCUGCAGAGUCACCUAUACCAGACAGCAGCCUUCCUACGUUAUUUAAAGAGGAUUUUAGUAAAACUGUUGUGGAACACCCUGACAAAGGCAGGUCAUUAAUGGAUACAAGUUUAAAUGAAAAUAAAGAUGAACAGGAAGUCAUCUGUAAUAAAACGGAAACUAUACCUCAACAGCUAGUCAAUGACAAUGAAAAUAACAUCUCAAAUUUUAAAAAUAGUAUUCUGCAUACAGAGUCAGACAUUCCUGUUUAUUUAUGUUCAGACGAAGAUAUGCAGAAUAAAAACUGUUAUGUAAACUCACAAUCUGAGAUGAUGAACAUUUUAGAUAACAGUCCAUGUCCAGUGCAAAGUGAAGAUGGGCUUUCUAUUGAAAGUUUUACAACUAAGAAGAUUUUUAAAUCUGCCAGUAAUGAAGAAGCUGGUGAAGAAACACACUUAAGGGACAGCAUAACAGCAAAAGAACCUUUACAAGCAUCACCAUCAAAAUCAGGGUUAACCAGAUCUGUUACUGUUCAGAUGGCAUCAGAGCUAUACUUUACCCAAAAAUCUGACCUAAAAACAAAUCUUUCAAAAAGGUACUCUCUUGAAUAUGCUGAACCAUUUUGUCACAAUAAAAGACAGCAGUUUAUGAAACGGACACAGUCUGAUAUGCCGGAGUUCUAUAAAGAAGCUGGGAAUCAGAAUGGUUCAGUGAAACAAAGGAAAAAGGUCUCGACGUCUAAACACUCAAACGAUCUGUAUUACAGUUCUGUUAACCUGUCUGAUUCAAUGGAUUUUAAGAGAGAAAACAGAAAUGUUGAGACUUUCUAUUCUGAGCAGCCAUCUCUGUGCUAUCAUCAUCACCAUUACUGUCACUUCUGCUGUCAUCAGAGUCACUGUUCAUCAUGCUGUUCUCAGAAAGGAAUGCCUACUUUGGGUGCUGUAGGUCAUCUUCAGACAACCUUGCAACUUUUGCAGUGUGUUUUGAGAAAAAUAGCAGUGCUUCCAUACACAAUGGAAGAAAUGGAAAACAUGAAAAAAUCUCUUCACACGUUUCGUGAGAGAUUGUUUGAAAUUGAGGAACAAAUCAUCCAUGAACAGGCUGAAGUUUGUAAUGCUUUGUCCGAAAUCGAAAGGGAGGAUGUUAAACACAUCAAUGAUUUAAGGAAAUCUGUGAGGCAAGAAGUUACUGAACUAGAGGAUCAGCUGGGAGAUCUCGCCCACAAGUAUGAGGAAGGACUGAAAAUGCAACUUCAAAGGCUACUUGAAGAGCAAUCGUAUUUGUUGAAAGAGCUACACAUAAAAGGUGAAGAAACACAUCAAAGUGCUGCUAAUUCAGUGCAAACUUCAGGGAAGAGCAUUGCAAUACAAUGCCACCUGCUGAACGGGACUCCUGCUGAAAACUCCUGUGACUUGCCUGACGUAAAAGACCCAUGCUCUGACAUACCAGCACCUGAGACUAGCCAAGAAGAGUCUAAGGCAACAAGCAGAAAGUCAAAUCCUCCAGAAAAGCUUGACUUCAUUGGAUUCCUACAUUCUAUCAGGGAUUCCCUUAGACAGUCAUUCUCCAAUGACACACCAGAAUGAAAUGGAGAAGAAUGCGUCUGGAUUGAGGUAUAUUCAAGAAGACUACAAUUCCUAGGCACUACUGAGCCAAAGGGUCUGCAGACGUGCAGAAGAUCAGUGAUGUUGUUUUUGGAUUGCCUGUAAUUCAUGUAUUAUACUGAAUUAUAUUAAAAUUAUGUUCUAUCUAUUACCUCGAAACAUAAUGUUUGU